AUCCAAAUAUUUGAAAUAAUUGGAAAUGAUCUGCACGUCUAGUUUAUGACAUUAAAGGCGUUACCUUUUAUCAUCAAUCCUUCUGUUACACUGCCCACCACGCAGCUCCCUCUACCGCUUCUAAUUAUUAUUGUCGCGCCAGCUUUACUCCUUUACUUUAUUGUUUCUCCUUCUCCUCUCCUCUUCGGUCUCUUCUGCAUGUUUCAGAUUUGUUUUUGAUAAAUAGAGAAAAAAAGAAAGUUACAGAAUUCUCAAUAAUGGAGGACGAAGAAGGAGAGGAGUAUCUGUUCAAAGUGGUGAUCAUUGGAGAUUCGGCGGUGGGGAAAUCGAACUUGCUCUCGAGAUAUGCUCGCAACGAGUUUAAUAUCAACUCCAAGGCCACGAUUGGGGUGGAGUUUCAGACGCAGAGCAUGGAGAUCGAUGGAAAGGAGGUCAAGGCUCAGAUAUGGGACACUGCCGGCCAAGAGCGCUUCCGGGCAGUUACUUCUGCCUACUAUAGAGGCGCUGUGGGGGCACUCGUGGUGUAUGAUAUCAGCCGCCGCUCCACCUUUGAUAGUGUUGCUCGGUGGCUCGAUGAGCUCAAGACUCAUUCUGAGACAACUGUGGCAAGGAUGCUGGUGGGCAACAAGAGUGAUUUGGAGAACAUCAGGGAUGUGAGUGUGGAAGAGGGCAAGAGCCUUGCUGAAGCAGAAGGAUUGUUCUUUAUCGAGACAUCUGCCCUCGAUUCUACUAAUGUUAAAAAAGCUUUUGAGAUUGUUAUUCGCGAGAUCUACAACAACAUCAGCAGGAAAGUUUUGAAUUCUGAUUCGUACAAAGCCGAGUUAUCUGUCAAUAGGGUAAGCCUUGUUAGCAAUGGGGCUGAUGGAGCAAAGCAAGCAAAUAGCAGGUAUUCUUGUUGUUCAUGAUGAGUUAACAGAUCAAAGCAAGCACAGAGCAAAUAUUGUUGUUCAAAGUGAGUUCUGUUUCACCAACUCUACAACCUGAUACGAGUCAGGGCUUUCAAACCGUUCAUCAAAAAGGGGCUUUCACAACAUUCUUCACCAAAAAGAGGGUUCCCAAGGUUCAUCAAAGAUGGGUUUCACAAGGUUUGUCUGAUUUGUUGUGAUAUCAAGUUUUUCUUGAGUGCUUUUAAGUUAUUAAAUAAGACAAAAGUUUCAGUUAGAAAUCAAAUUUUUGUGCUAUGAAAUGCAAUAAAUUUAUUUGGAA